CCGGAAUGUAACAGUAGUGGUCGGCUUAUUUAUGUUUUUAUACUUUUCCAACGUUAUUUUAUUAGUUUCUUUUGUCGUGAAGGUGUCGAACUUUGUCUGUUUAUAAGUUUAUUGAUUUUUUUGCAAUUUCCAAGCUCAAGUUCCAAUACAAACAAGUUAUUGACAUAACAAAAUAAAUCCAGCAACGCUUAUAUGGAAAAUCCAUGUAAACAAUAAACUGCUGCCGUUUGGAUUACUUAAGGAUUUCAUGUUUAUUUGCGCUAUUUUUACGAUCAUUAAAGAAUUGUUUUCAUUUUGGCGUAUGAUUAUAGUCGCCUGCAUGCAAUGCUCUCGCACAAAUCCUGGCCGCACCGUCUCUCACCCUCAACGACCGCCAUCCUGACGCGUGCCACCACGACAUUCUCGCAUGCGCAAUCGGAAGAAUCCGGAAUCGAACCCGGUUACAUAGCGACAAUCACUGGGUCCUUCGUGUCCUUUGGACCGCAGGACGUGUUCGAACCAUAUGACGUGGACCACAUUGAUGCAGGCAGUGAGGAGGACGAGAGCGAAGUGAGGAGGGAACUACUCGCUGACCAAUGGAGACAGUUUUUUGAUAAGUUUGAUCCUGAAGGAUUCGGUGAAAUCCUCUGGCCGGAUUUUCUAAACGCAAUGGACAAUCCAGAGUUUCGAGAACGAGUUAAUACUGGAAAACGUCAAAUUUUACUAGAUAAAGCUCGCACUGCCACUACGCCUUCAAUAACUUUCCAAGACUUUGUAAAUGUGAUGACUGGAAAGCGAUCCAGGAGUUUUAAAUGCGCCGUCCACCACAGAGACCGAGAGGUAUCGUCCGAAAACGAUUUUCAUCUGCAAUUGGUUGAACCACCAUUAUUUCGCAGGAUGGUGACCAUAGUAGCGGACGAAUUCCUCACAGACGACAGAGAUAGGAAAUACUAUGCCGACCACUAUAAAUGCUGUCCUCCACCAUUUUUCAUCAUUAUCGUAACUCUAGUCGAAUUGGGAUUUUUCAUUUACUACUCCGUAAGCAAAGGAGAACUAAAUCCUGCAGGUCCAGUUCCUGUGGAAUCCAUAUUUAUUUACAGGCCAGACAAAAGAAUAGAAAUAUGGAGGUUUUUGUUCUACAUGUUGUUACAUGCUGGGUGGCUUCACCUCGGUUUCAACCUGGUGGUGCAGCUGUUAGUGGGCCUACCCUUGGAAAUGGUUCACGGAUCGGGCAGGGUGGCCCUAAUCUACGUCGCAGGGGUGAUCGCCGGUUCUCUAGGGACUUCCGUCUUUGAUACGGAUGUGUAUCUAGUUGGGGCCAGCGGUGGAGUAUAUGCCCUACUAGCCGCCCAUUUAGCGAACGUAUUAUUGAAUUAUAACAAUAUGCAGUGUGGGAUUUUGCGAUUAUUUGGGAUAUUUGCUAUAGCAUCCUGUGACGUAGGCUACGCAAUUUACUCACGAUACGCCGACGAAGUAGGGCCUCCGGUGUCUUAUGUGGCUCACCUUACUGGAGCCCUCGCGGGACUCACUAUCGGCCUGCUGGUCCUCAAGAAUUUUGAACAAAAGUUACACGAGCAACUCCUCUGGUGGGUGGCGUUAGGAGUCUAUGCAGCCUGCACUAUAUUCGCCGUUUUGUUCAACGUCAUGAAUCCGACCGUAGAACAAAUUGAGAGUUUAGGAGACGGGGUUAAUAGUCAACACAUUUAUAAUAGGUUUGGAGUGUAAACAGAAGAGUCAAAGUUGGGUGGUUGUUAAUAGGUCUGAUGAUUCGAAGUGAUUUUGACCAGGGGUUCGAAAUACUUAAGAGCCAGGAAGCAUGGUCUUUUGACGGUUUCAAUUUCUAAAAAAAAUUCAUUAAUUUGAAAUCUUGCUGGCUCAGGAUCAAAUUUUCAUGUUUUGUACAGGGUGUCCUAUUUUGGGUACUUUUGUCCGUUAUUUUUAGAGAUAGAGAGUUGCGGUUUUCGCGACACUGUGCUAUUUUUUCGUAAAACUAAAGAUGCUGUUAACAAAAUUUUUAUAGCCCUUUUAUUUUUUAAGGUACAGGGCGUUUUUUGAAAUUUUUGCAUUUUGGGAUCCCCCUCGUAUCUCGUAGAAUCUAGUGGUGUAGAUCUAUUUCUUUUUAUUAAUAGUUUUUGAACUAUAACCAAAACUUAUGUUUUAUUAAACGGAACACCCUAUAUAUUUAUAGUUCAUAAAAUUGGCCUUUUUUAUACCUUUUUAAAAAUAUAUAACAGUAUGGACUUUUUUUCAAAAAUACGAGAAUAACUAACAAUUUUCUAAAUUAAAUGCAUAAUUUAAUAAUAGGUCGUGAAUAACAAUAACAGGCAAAUAAAAAGUUACAAAUUAAUAACGAUGAAUGGGGAAUUGUAUCAUUCCUAUUUUUUUUUGUAAUAAAAGAACAUAAAAAACGAAUAUAUAAAUUUAAUAAACACUAUAAGAAAACAUCGAUAUAACAAAACAACACUUUUACAAGAGAUGUUCAAAAUGACCACCAUCUUCUCUGAUAUAAAAUUGGCACAUCUUUGUAACCCUUUGAAUAGCAUUCAAAAUAAUAAUUUGUCUCUUUCUCAGAUUUUGAAAUUCUAAAUGAAUUGCGUCUUGAAGUUCUAUUAGAUUAUUGCAUUGUCUUCUAUACACUUGAUCUUGUAUAUAUCCCUAUAAAAAAAUCGGCGGAACGUGAAGGCCAUCUAACAGGUCCGUUGGUACCUAUUCAUCUUUGAGCAAAAUUAUUUUCAAAAAGUUCUGGAAUAACUUCCUCAAGUAUCUCUAGAUACCUACGUGCUAAAAUUCGGUAUACUAUUUGUUUUCCCAAAAUAAAACAAGACAUUCCAACUCCUAUUUUCUUUAUUGUAUUCUUUAGGACGCGGCUGAACAAAAGAUCAGUGCUCAUGUAAUUUGUCUUUAAAGAGCAAAUAUACCAAAAAAACGGUUGCCUUCUCUCUGCAUAUCUAACAAGCAUGAAACUCCAACAUUAGAAAUUGGUAGGUAGUCAUAUAACGGCUUCUAACUUACCUAUGGAAAUAUGAAGACUUGAAAUAAAUAAUGUGCUAAGUGCCACAAUUAUUAUUUCGAGAUAAAGAAUGUUUUUUAUACUAUAAUCAAUGUAUAAGAAAAAACUCUUUGAAAAUUAAACAUAGGUUUAUUUAAGUAAGUAUUUUUCUGUGUACAUAAUAUUUUCGACAAACUUUUGUAAAAAAUGUCUGAAAAAAAAUGACAAAUUACAAGUUCAUAGAAUGUGCUAAGUGCCAUUACAAAAAUAUAAAUUUUGUGGUAAGCAAAUAACGAAAAAACACAAAAAAUGUAGCUUCGAAUUAAUGUUAGGAUUCGAUAGAACCUCAUAAAAUUGUCUGUUUUCUUCCUUCAAAUAAGGAAUCAUUGCCAGCAGAUUUUGUUUUUUCUCUUCAGAAAUUCUACUCUGGCAGGUUAGGUUUGGCAGAGUCAUUUCUGCGAUAGCUUCAAUUGUAACAUUUUUCUUCAAAACCUUCGUUGCUUUGCAUGAGUCUAUUUCGUUCAGAGUUUCUCGGAUUCUGACAAAUCCUGGAUUUUCUCGGCUAAUACAAAUCUGUUGAGCUUUAGAAAUUUGAAGCUUAGAUGUAUUGAUUGGACUUUCAGAAGCAACUUUAAAAUCGAAAAAGUCCUCACGGUUCAUUAUUGUAACCAGAAAUGGGUUUUUUUCACUGCUGCUAUCAUCAUUUUCACUAAAUCCAUAGGUACCUCACAUUUUUCUUGCCUUUUUCGCUUUUCAAUUUGAGCGAAAUCCCUGUCGCAGCUCAUAAAUGAAUGACCCGACACUAGAUACUUAUGAUUGAUCUCAUCGAAAUGCCCCUUGGCAACUAAAUAAAUCCAUAAAAACAAUAACAUUUUGUUUUUAUUUUGUCCAGCGCAGUUGUCACUCCAGAUUGUUAACUUCCGCUUCUGUGUGGGUUUAUUAGUGAAAGCUUUCAGUACACACGACGCAAUUUCGUUCCCUCCACGUCCUGUUAUACCUUCGUGCCACAAAAACAUGAAGCCAGUGUUAUUGUCCCCUAGGUGAACACAAAGGUUGUAGUUGCAGAGCUGUCGCAUGUAAUACAACUGACUAUGAGAUAAAGUUGGCAAUAAUAAGACCUGCUCUAAGUCCAUUGAGACUGUCAUGCUGUCACUGGUGGGUUGCUGGCAGUUUUGACGGUCUUUUCUCAUUGCUUCUACAGCUGCUUCAGCUUUCCUGUGGUGGAGUUCUAAUUUAAUUUUAGCAUCUGCCUUUGUGGGAUCUUUUGUUUGCAUAUGUAGUAAAUCACAGGUAGCACGGGUAUCAGUUCUAGGCUUGCGAAAACUUAACUUGGGAAAAUUCUUUUUGAAAAUUUCAAAAUAAAAACGAUAACUCACUGUUGAAUCAGGAUGAGCAACCUUAAACGCAGAGUAAAGUCUAUUUAUAUUAAGAUCGGAGCUCAGAUACUGCUUCUCGCUUUUUGAACGGUUGUAAUGUCCUAAGUCUCUGGGAAAUUCGUUUAUAUGACCAAUAACCAGUGCUUUAUCUUCCCGCGUGAACUUCCGAUACAGCUGUUUAUUACCUCUCCUUUCCUUGUAAACUGAAUCUCCCCUUUUUUUCAACUUAGCGCCAAGGUUUCAAUCUGUCUCGGAGUUAAUCCAAACAUCGCGCAAAAGGUCCUCCUACACACCUGUAAAAUGUUGCCCUCUCCAUUGGGCAAGGUAAAGGAAAAUGUACGUUGGAAAAUGUACGUUGUCAUUUAGACCGUAAAAUUCAUGAAAAAGCUUUAAUUUUUGUUCAUGCGAUAUCUUUUGACAGUUUAACUUGCAUUUGCACAAUAUCUAAAACAAAGUAAAUAAAAUUGCAAAAUCACUGUCAAAAUGUCACUGUUAAAAUCAAUGCUCGACUCUUCUCCAGCACUUCUUUUUUUUUGUCGUUGCUUUUGCUUACUGCCCUGUCUAGUAGUAGUAUCAGUAUUAGUAUUCAUUCUUGUAUUAUCGUGAAACUAUACAGAACGAGAACGGAAAAAAAAUAACAAACACUCCACCAAAACAGCGUAGAAACUGCCGCCUGCAGCACAGAAAACAAGAUUAUAUUUAUUGGCACUUGUUUCGGCGUUUGACAACGACGCACUCUGUUGGGAUUUUUUAAAGUACAAUUUAAUAGUCAUGGCACUUAGCGCUUUUUAUAUGUUGUUGGUUAUGGCACCUAGAACAUUUUACAAGUAUAAAAUGGAAAACUGAUUUUUUGGCACUUAGCACAAUGUUUAUUUCAAGUCUUCAUAUAGUUCUGAAGCUUCUUCAGCAUUUUAAUUGCUUUGUAUAAAACAUACAAGCAUAUCAUAUUUAAAAAAAUUUUUAAAUGCUGCCAUUUUUUUGGCAAAAUUCACAAAUAACGAAAAUAAAUGGGUUUUAGAGCAUAAGGAUAUAGCAUAUCAAGUAGCAAGCAUAUGGAUCAUAAUCAAUCAAAAACAAAAAAAGUCAAUCAAAACCCGAAGAUAGUUGACAUUUAUUUAUUUAUUUGUAAUUUUUUUCUUUCUUGUAAUAAAUAGUGAUGGUCUCCCAUUAAAUUAUGAAUUUGAUCAUUUAAAUUUAGAAAAUUAUUUGUUUGCGUACUUUUGAUAAUAAGUCGAUACUGUUAUAUAUUUUUAAAAAGGUAAAAAAAGGCUAAUAUUAUGAACUAUAAAUAUACAGGGUGUUCCAUUAAAAAAACAAAAGUUUGGGUUAUAACUCAAAAAAUAAUAAUCAAAAAUAUAUAUAUAUCUACAUCACUGAAUUCUACGGAAAAAAAUCUAUAAGAAUAAGUUUAUACUUUUACAAAAACUUUAAAGAUAACGGAGAUACGAUGGGGGUCCGAAAAUGCAAAAUUUUCAAAAAUGCCCUGUAUCUUAAAAGCUAUAAGGGCUAUGCAAAUUUUUGUUUCACGGAAAAGUAGCAAAAUGGCGCGAAAACCGCAACUCUCUAAAAUAACGGAGAUAUCCCGCAAAAGUACCCAAAAUGGGACACCCUGUACACCGUGCCCUCAUUUGGUUGUAAUUUAUGCCCUUAAAAGUGAAAAGCCCAGUAAAAACUACUCACUGUAAUGGCUUAGUUGAAAAAAGUAGGUCAUUUUCCAGGAGAAAAAAAUCGGUAUGUCUAGUGUCCAAAAAUGUCUUAUCAAGUGUCCACUUAUCUAAAAGUUGAAAAUUUCAGAAAAUAACAUAAAUAUUUCUAUAAAACAACAAUCAGAAUAUUUUCUCAAUGUUUGAUUGAACAAAAAAUCCAUAUUUUUGAAUUAUUUUUGCUGUUACGUGUCUCAAUUUAAAUCAAAAAUUCUGAAAAUGCGUACAAGGCGUUUUUAAUACGUUUUGGCCCGAGGCCUCGCUUAUCGAAGAAUGCUCUAAUUUAUUUUAAUCUAUUCAAAAUGCACAAGGCGUGUUCUGUAUGCCUUUAUUUUUCUUCGUCUCUUCUGCUUCUCUUAGUCUUUCCAAGACUUGAUUCGUUGUUAAUACCUCUCCAUAUCUUUGUUGCUUUAAUCUCGGUAUGACUUGUUUUUUCUCUUCAACAAUAUCUUCACGGCGGCUGAGUGGCAAGAAAAUGUUGGUAAUUUCUGUUGAUUUACUGAUAGACGAUGACGUCGAUGGUUGUGGACUAUGGGUAGAUGCCACUAAUAAUUUUUGGUAGUCAGUUGACGAUGUAGAAGGCUGCUGUCGGCUUUCAGCUAAUGACACUGAAUGAUGUUGACUACAACAUGAUGAAGUUGAAGGCAUUUGAUCGUCGACCGUGGGUAGAAGUGGGUUUGGUUCAGAAAUUGCAACAACAGUUGAUUUAGAGGAUACUGGUUGGAUAAUAAUAGCAUCAGAUGUUACAGAUUUCAAAGCUUUGAGGGCAGCUUCGUAUUUGGCCAAGUCUUCUUGUGUAAACUUAUUUUGUGGGAAUUUGUUUCGAUCAACUGGGUAUACGCCAGUAUUUUUAAAUCCAGAUAUAAUAUUGCUAGAAACCAUAGACUCUUGCCAAGUAAUUCGGUAAAUUUUUCCUUAGUUAACCGUCCACACCCUCGUCCCAUUUGUUCCUUACCAAACUUCACCAAUUGUUUACUCCAGUUCACCUUUAAGGGUCCGAAGACACACUUGUCCAAAGGCUGAAGCUUAUCCGUAAGAUGGCUUGGAAACUUUAUCAAAAUAAUAUUGUUGUGCAUUGCCUCUUCAAUAAUUCUGACGCUCAUAUGACUGCUGUGACCAUCAUACAACAGUAGAGCUGCUUGAUCUAGAAGGUUUUUGGGAAGUUCUUAAAUCUUUAAUGUGAGGUAUAAACCCUGUCGUAAACCACUGGAAAAAUUGCGGCUCCUCCAUCCAUCCAUCCAUCCAUUAGUGGAGGCCGCAUAUAAAGUUCCUGGAUAGGCGCUAUUGGAAGUCCAACGAGCCUGAACUCCAGCUCCCUUGAAUACGAUGAGCGGGUUUCAUUUUUGUUAUCUGAGGAUAAAACUUGGGAACGUCCACCCUUUGUCACAUUUAAUGGAGUCUUUCUUCCUCCUAUCCUGUGGUAAAUAACUGAUCUGGGAAUAUGGUAUUUCUGCUUGACGAUACGUUUUAUUUUUAUUUUGGACAUCUGCAGCGGCAUUCGCAACAUCUUCAGUUGUAUAAGAAGGUGCUUCUUUUUUUCUUACAUAAGUACGAGGCAUCUUUACACUGCAACAAGACAAAGAAAUUACACAUUUUACAUAAAUUAUCGGCCAUACACUAAUUUUAUUAUAGAACAAAUUUAAAGACAAAUUUAUUAGGGGGAAAUGUAAACACUGAAUUAUUUUAGUGAUUAUAAAAUUUCUCGACAGACAUUUAGGCGUAAAAUAGACACAAUAGUAUAACAAACAGUGUCCAAAUGAAAUAUCUAACUUACCUCGAUGAUUUGCAUUCGAAAACUUCAGUGCCGAAAUUCAACAUAAAACCACCAAACACAUCAAAUUGCAUCAGCCAACUAAUGCAAGAAGAGCACAAACAGGAGUAACAUUUCGAGGGAAACCGAGUUCGCCCGACGUCGGCACGACUCGAAUAGUGAGUUUCGCGCCAAAUUUGAAAUCUAAAUGUUGUUGUGUUUCUUAUUUUAGAUGUGUCUACAAUUACCCCAGUUUACAUUUACCCCAAUUGACCCUAUACAAAAAGGGGUUUCCAUUUAUAAAAAGAACCUUUUCCAUUUAGAAAAUGACUUCAACUUUUUUCUAAUGAAUUCUACGUAAAAACAUGUAUAAUUACAAGUUUUUAGUAGUUUUACAUAUUUUGUAAUCUAUAAAGGGCUUUAAAAGUGGUUCGUUUCACUGUCACCCUUCAAAAACAAAAUAAAGGAACUUAUUAUUCUCGUUGGCAUCAUGAAAUAAGAUUAAUGAUUUGAAGAGAAAUUGACCCAGUGCGUGAAUAUCACAAGUAAUGGGAAAAUGCGGCAGAGUGUACAAAAGAGUUUUUCAAUCCUCAAUAAAUCCGCAUUUCCAAUCAUCAGACUGAAUAAAUACUGCCUUAUAUUUUUGUAAAGCGCUUUUGCAUAUGCGUUAAUUAAGCAUAUGCCUCUUGUAAAUAGGUAAGCUUUACUUUUGUACUGAUUUUUAUAGCACUUAGAUUUAAGUUGAUGAUUAAGGAAAUUCUAGUUUUGUUUUCCUUUCUUAUCCUAUUGAAAAGCAUUUUUUUGUAGUCAAUUUUUUAGUACAUCACAGUUUUGUUAUUUAGGUACCACACAAGUAAAAUUUAUGACUAAUUUCAGAUUGAGUCGCCUAAAGUUUUAUUUUAUAAUUCAUCUUUGAUAAUCGUAUUCGAUCUCUGCAAGAAUUUUUAUUAUUGCCGUUAAAAUUUUGUCCCAUAAUAAAAUCGUUUUAUUGGUGAGAUAAGAUUCAGUGAAAAACAAUAUGACCCGCUUUUAUCGGAAUUCUUUCUCUUGAUUGUGGAUUUUAUUUCAGCAAAAACCUGUAAAAUUAAUCAUAAAUUUAAUCUUGUAAAAAAGCCUAAAUAUCAAAUCGCAAUUAUAGAGAUUAUGGGAUGUUCAGUUAAACGAAAAUAUUUUAAAAAUUGUAUGAAUACAAUUAAAUCAAAUAUAAUUUUCUACUGCCAUCCUAAAGCUCCACAAAAACUUGUAAGAUACAGACAAGACUUAGCAAAAUUUGGGUUUUGAUCAAAAUUUGUAUUAAGAUGCACAUGCUACCUCUUUUUGAUAAAUCUUGUGUGUAAGUUAAUUAAGUUUAACAAUCAUCCAGUAACAAUAUUAAGUGAUAUAUGUAUUUCUAAGAAUUCAUGUUAAGUUUUAUUUAUUUCAUAACAUUAAGAUUUGGUACCAAAGACUGAAGGAUUUAUUUGUAUGUUUAACAGUUGUGCACUUAGGUUAUUUUUCUAAGGACACACACAGGGUUUUUCCUUUUUGUCAAGAGCUUUCAAGUUUUACCGCUUACAAGUUACCAAUGUAUACAAUAUUUGCAUUUAAAUUAGGCAAAUUCCUAUAACAGUCAUGUUUUCAAAUUAAUCAAAUCCAAUAAUAGACAAAGACAUUAAAAAUUACCUCUUUAGAAUAAUUGUAGGACAAUAAGGGUUUGUCUUGAGUAUUUGUUACUUUUCUUUUAAAAACCUGUUGUAAAAAUAAUGUAAGUUUAUGAACUUUGCUUCCAGCGAAGGGCAUUUAAUCUCACAGUGAUAUUAACAAACUAGUCAUGCCACUAGAUGAUAACGUAAAGCCUACCAAAGAUUCAUCUAGUUAAACUAUUAUUGUAAAAAAAAUUACUCGAAUAAUGUAAAUACCGAGUCACUAAUAUUACUAAAAAGCUUUAGAAUAUAACAAAUUCUAUAUCAAUAUAGAAAUUGUUUAAUAGAAUACUCAGUCCAUUUUUUUUGUUAUAUUGUGAAGCUUAAAUAUGUCAAAUGAAUUUUUUGCAUUUAUUAUUCAGGCGAGGUGGUUUAACCCUACGUAAAAUAGUUCAUUUAGUUGAUUUAUCUUUUAUUAUUAAGGUUUUUUCAUUUGUAGCAACGUUUUGCUAAUAAAUAAAUUAUGUUUAUU